CGGCCGCCGGGAACGCGGGGUCGGGCGACGGCGCCGCCGGCCUUGUAGCCAUUUUAGGAGACGAAGCCCGAUCGCCGAGCCGGGGGCGCGGCCGGGAGUUCGGGCGCUUUCGGCGCGGCCUUGCGGGCGGGCGGCGGGGCGCGCUCCCGGGCGUGCGGGCUGCGGGCGCGCGGGCGCCCCACGCGGGGAUUCCCUGCCCGGCGCGGCGGCCGCAGGGGCGGGGCCGAGCGCCCUGACGCGGCCGCGGGGUGUUCCCCGGCGCGUUCCCCGGCGCGGGAGGCUCCCCGCGCCCGGCCGGCGGCCCCGCACUCGCCCCGCGCACGCCGCGGCCAUGGGCAACACCGCGAGCGAGCGGGCGGGCGAGCGGCACGGCCGGGCAGCGCGCGCCGAGGGCGCCGGCGGCGCGGGCCCGGCCAAGGAGCACCGCAUCCUGGUGGGCAGCACGGACGACCCCGGCGUCUUCAGCCUGCCCGACGCCAAGCUCCCAGAGGAUGUGUCUUGGCAGCAGGACCUGGAGGACGCAGUGAAGCCAAGCCAGCAGGCCCGGCCCACGGUCAUCCGCUGGUCGGAAGGCGGCAAGGAGGUCUUCAUCUCGGGCUCCUUCAAUAACUGGAGCGCCAAGAUCCCGCUGAUCAAGAGCCAUAAUGACUUUGUGGCCAUCCUGGACCUCCCUGAAGGAGAGCACCAGUACAAGUUCUUUGUGGACGGACAGUGGGUUCAUGACCCAUCUGAGCCUGUGGUGACCAGUCAGCUCGGCACCAUCAACAAUCUGAUCCAUGUCAAGAAAUCUGAUUUCGAAGUGUUUGAUGCUUUAAAGCUAGACUCCAUGGAAAGCUCAGAGACGUCCUGUCGAGACCUUUCCAGCUCACCCCCAGGGCCGUAUGGGCAAGAAAUGUAUGUGUUCCGAUCCGAGGAGAGAUUCAAAUCCCCACCCAUACUUCCUCCUCACCUUCUCCAAGUUAUUCUUAACAAGGACACUAAUAUUUCUUGUGACCCGGCUUUGCUCCCAGAGCCCAACCAUGUCAUGCUGAACCAUCUCUACGCACUGUCCAUUAAGGACAGCGUGAUGGUGCUGAGCGCGACCCAUCGCUACAAGAAGAAGUAUGUCACGACUCUGCUGUACAAGCCCAUCUGAGGGGACCCUGGCCUGUGUCCCGGGACUCCAGACCAGCACCCUCCUGGCCUUUCUGGACCGCAUCGGUCUCCGCUGAGACUGGAGGGCUGAUGCGCUUUGAGACCCACGCGUGUGUUUCAGAGCCUCCGAGUAGCGGGCUCCGCUUUUGCACGUGGUUGCAGAUGAGAGCUUUUGAGUGUCUGGAAUUUGUUUCAAGAAAAAAAAUAUUAUAUUUCCCUGUGAGAGGAAGAUCACUGGAAGCCUCCUGGCUCGAUGCAUUCUCUCUCCCUGAACCUGUUUUGGGGGAGCAGCAGGAAGUGGUUUUUAUUUUUACCUAGAGUGGAUGAAGUGCAAACUUCCAGGAUCCUCUCAGGUGGAGGGUCUGGCCGCCUGCUUGGCUGUGCGGGGCAUGGACUCGUACCAGCUGCCCCCAUUCAGAGGCAGCCCUUCUCACCCGGGCCCACGGCCCUCUGUGCGCCCCCAGUACGUGGCACGGUGUGUGUUCUUCCCAGUAUUCCCCAUGUCAUGAGGACCCUUUCCUUGCCCAGUCUUGCUUUGAAAUCCUUCGGAUUCCUCCCUGACCCGCUCUGGCCCAGCUCAUGGAGAAGUGAGUGAGCCCCCAUGCCGAGUGGGACCGGCCCCUCCCACUUAAGACUCCUUUUCACCCUGUGCACGCUCAGAUCACUUGCUUACUCGGUCACCACUUGUGUAAACCCACCAAGGGAAAUGGGACUGAGCUGCAGGUUCUGGUCCUGGUCUGCCACAGCGCUAACUUUCUUUCCUGUCCAUGUUGCCUGGCCGUCCUGUCCCAGGGCUGUCACUGUCAGGUGGGCAUAGAAGCGAGGGAAGUGCUUGACCCUGCAUCCUUAGGAAAAUGUGAUGCUCCCACACACACACUUUUUUUUUUAAGUUUAAAAAAGCGUGCUUCUCUCAGGUUAGCACUGAAGUUCAAGCCGCUGGAAGGUGGCUCCCUAGAUUUCCUUCUGUUUUUUUAUCUGUGUAAUCUGACUGACGUGGCCAAGCCUGUGGCCACAGUUCCACCAGACUCUGCACUAGAUUUACCUUCACUGAGGCUCACUCAGGGCACCUCGAGGGUUCCCUCAAUGCAAAGCUCUGUUAGAUCCAGAAGCCGGGAAAGAGCCCUGUGUCCCUGGCCACGGCAAGUGUCGCUUCUGGCCCUGAGUGCUGACAGAUCAGUUUUGUGCUUCUGAAUCCACUUUUUAAAUGCGUUGAAUGACAAAAAGGCCUUGGUGAUUUCGGUCCAUUCCUAGGGUUCAGAGAGAAAACAUAUUUUUCCCCAAAAUGUUUGUGGCUCUUCCAUUCCAGAUCCACGCAUGCCCUGCAGGAGGCCGAACGCGAUGCCUGCCAGACUCCUUGACUGCCGAAAGCAGCCCGGCUCUGAGAGGGCACGCACAGGUCAGUGGUGCCUCCAGCCUCGCCCGCGCAGUGCUGCCCUGGGCGUGGGACCUCUUAGACUCGGGGUGUGAGGCAGAUGGUGUGGGGGGGGGUGGUGGGGAGAGAGGUAGGGUGUUGACCAGGAGUGCAGAUCACUGCGUGUCCAGGUGGGUCCUUGCAGGAAAGGAAUUCUGCCUUGGUCACUCAGGGCCACCUGUCAGGGAUGAUGUCCAUUGUCAGCUCCAGGCCGACCCCGCUCUCAAGCUGCCUUCACUAAUUCUGAACUUUUGUUUUCCCACACCAGUCAAAUAAGGGGGGUCGCUUAGGGGCGUGCAGGAUCUCGGUCCUUACCUUGAGGAUUGUGUUAAACUCAUUUCUCGUCUGCUGUCUGGCAGUUGAUUGGCCUGUGUUUGUGGGUAAAAUUAAUUCUGGCCUCCACACAGGUGUCCAGAAGCAGGGCUGGACGGGGAAAGAUCCUUUGCAGGUUCUCUCAGAUCCAGAGGCUUCUUGAACCCGGCCGGGCUUCAGUGAGCGGGCUUUGGUGCUGGUGCCCUUCAGGUCUCUGAUCUGGCGGGGUGCGCAGAGUCUUGGUCUCCCCAGCUGUGGGGUUGCUCCUAGCAGAUGGAGCAUUGGACCUGCUUGCCACCUGGCGGGGAACGGGUAAGUGGGACUGGGGGUGCGCUCAGCAGCAGCACUCCUGCUCACACAGUCCGGACCCUGUUGCACCCUCGCCCUGGCCCGCCAGCAGUUCAGAGGGAUCCCAAAGUACAGCUCCCUCUUCCUUUCACUUGUUCAGGGAGAGUUUACUUUCUGCAGAAAAGGUUGGGCACAUUUGAUUUUCAAUUACUUUUAAGUAUUUUGUUAUUGGGCCUGAGCGAUGAUACAGGGGGAAGGCACUUGCCUUACAUGUGGCCAACCCAGGUUCAAUCCCCGGCAUCCCAUAUGGUCCCCUCAAGCACUGCAGGAGUAGUUCCCAAGUGCAGAGCCAGGAAUAACCCCUGAACAUCGUUGGGUGUAACCCAAAAAGCCAGAAAAAAAUAAAAGCAUUUCAUUGUUGCUGAUGGGAGUUUCCUAGAUUUCAGAUUGACCAUGUAAGAAAAUGGCUCUCUGGGAGGGCUGACACCUACCCCCCACCCCCCACCCCGCAGAGUUAUAACGCUUUGGGUUCUGGUUGUAAUGUCCAGGCUGAUGAGGUCACUGCUGAGCUAGAGCGCAUGCUCAGUUCCAUCCAGGCCACCACAGCCAGGCCCAGAGCGGAGACCCCCAGCCCCCUCAGCACUGUUGGGGGGGGGUCCCAAAACAAAACAAAGAAAGACUGAGCCAAGGAUGAAUCCGAGGAGAAUAAAGGCCAAAAUUAUCAAAAUUGAAAAUGGCGGUUUUCUUAAACUCGGCACAUAAGCAGUAUCUUGGAUAUCACAGAAUUUUCCAUGUCGAAUCUCUAUAGAAUUCAGUAUGUAAAACAUCUUCCCGCAUCUCCAGUUUCUCCUUGCCUCCCUUCCUCCCAGCUUCUACCCUUGCUUCCUAGUCAGGCAUGACCUAAACAAUCAGCAGCAGUGGUGACUGGGGGGAAAACUCCCACAGGUAUGAGCUUGCUUCAGCUGACCACUGAAGGCCACCCCUGCCCAAUUCAGGGCUGGCAGCUUCAAACAAGACCCCGUGAAAGAAGGGGCCUCAGGGCUGGAGUGAUAGCACAGCGGGUAGGGCGUUUGCCUUGCACGCGGCCGACCGGGGUUCAAAUCCCAGCAUCCCAUAUGGUCCCCUGAGCACCGCCAGGGGUAAUUCCUGAGUGCAUGAGCCAGGAAUGACCCCUGUGAUUGCCGAGUGUGACCCAAAAAGCAAAAAAAAAAAAAAAAAAAAAUAGAAAGAAAGAAGGGGCCUCAUGGGAUUUCCCAGAGGGAAAGCCAGGCCCACCCACUCACUCCCCAGCAGUUAUUCCCAGUCCCUUGUGGACCUGAAGGAUCUGAGGUGAAACACUUGAAAAGCCUCCAUCCUCCAGGUCUGCUGCUGAAACAAAGGUUUGGGAAAAGGUGCAACUUCCCGGCUGGGUUUACGGAACGAAAGGACGAAUGAUGGAGAUGGAGGAUAGAAAUCCCUGAUUUGAAUUGAGAAUUUAGGUCCAUUAAGCCUCAGCGAAAAAGGGUAAGCAAGUCGUGUAUGUGUGUGUGUUUGAGAGCUAUGCUCAUCACAGAGAGUUCGGAAUCCCCGUGUUCAGUGAUCUGGGCUGUGGGCUGGCGGACACGCGUUUGGUACCUCCCCUGUCCUGGUUCGGCCUUAAAGCUUCUUGCUGCUGCUCGCAGGGGCUCCUGGCCCCACCGAGCCACAGGCAGAAGAGCUGGGAGGGCCCGCAGAGACAGCUCUUUAGAAUGCCAGCUCGCGGCCCUUCUCCUCGAGCACCCGUCACUUGGGAGGGCGAAGGGUUGUGAUUUUGACCAUGAGUCCAAACUAUGGAAGUAAAAUGGCCAAAUCUUUUUUAAUGGAAGAAAAGAGAAAAAGCUCAGGAGGCCAGUCCGUGGCCCAGGGGCUCAUCCAGGGUUCUGAGACAGGCUUUAUUCUGAUUGGCUUUUCUCACUUGUACUUUAAAGUGCGUAAGUUUCAUUAAAAAUCAAAAACUUUUUUAUUAGUCCCACAUUAGUUGGAGUUGAGCUACUGUGUGCAGCACAGCGCGUCUGGCGAGGCCGGUUUGAAAUGCUCUGCGGACUUCAGUCAGGUUAAAUGAUGAAGGGAUGCUCCCGUAAGUGUUCUGUCAGAGACCGAUAUCUUCUUUCUCUCCCUCGCUGCAGAGCGCUUCAUACCCAGCGUGAGCUUUUAGGGUAGACAGUGUUCACGGUAUGGAGUCAUCCUCACCUCCACAUGAGGCCCCUUAUUCGAGACGUGUUUGGUAGUGAAUUGGAAACUGCUGAUUGUUAUCUCACUGAAUCCUUUUGGAUGAGUGCAGCUUGGUCAUAAAGGGGGAGUAAGACUAUAAUUGUGAGUCCUCCUUUAAGCGUUGCUCUUUGUAACCUUGAGUGUUGAGAUGCUGAGCUGUUUUUCAGUCUUUCACAAGAGAGUGGUAUACAAGAGUCGAUGUUAAUGCUUCUCUCUAUAUAUGAUUUGUCUUUGGACUCUGGCAUGUCUGAAAAUUGUGUGAUGUAACACAGAAAUAUGGGGUGUUUUCCCAUUAAACUAUUGAAUAAAAAGUAUUACACAGCAAUAAUA